AUGUCUUUUGCUCCCUUUGCCAGCUUGCGGGUUCCCGUAAUCUCGUGGCACAAGGGUGACACGGAGUUAGACCCUAACAGUGAUCCGAGGUACUCCUAUCCCAGCGGAGGCACGGCCAAGCAUAAACUUAUCAUAAACAAUGCCCACAUCGGUGACUCUGGCUUGUACUGUUGCAUAGCUACAACAAAGUGCGCUGUCAUCACUUCGUCUCAGGCUCAGCUUAUUGUUCAUUAUAAACCAGGUGUGUUUGUACACCGUUAGGAGCCCAAAACAGGGAGUGACAACUCCCAUACCAAUCCUAAUUUCACAGCGUUUUCACCACCAGUUUAUUUUUAGAUACAUUUUAGAGCAAUUUUUCCCGCUCCGUGCAAAAGGAAUUAUCCAGGAGAACCAAACAUCAAUGAAAAGUCAAAAAUUCCAUUUCAGGGGUUUUGGUUUUGCUUACUAGUUCGAGGGACCUGAAAGACAUUCUAAAUUUGCGCCAAAAUCGUUCUUAGGAUAAACUGGUCACUCAAAACGCCGUGACAAGAGAUUAGUAUCUGCUGUUCUUCAGUCAUUUUAUUUUACUCCAUAUAAGGCAGACUUCCUUAAGAUGAACUGCCUCGUCCCCAGUCGCUCGCGAUCACUUUUUUGGGGGAUAACUGAGUUAAUUAUUAAGGAAAGCUGGGACGAACGGAGUGAUGGGAAGGCGAGAAAAAGCCCUCUCUCUCAUUUUCCUUCUCAUCACUCCCCGCUCGCGGUCUACGCUCGUUCCCAUCAUCCCCCUCUUGCGCUUCUCGCUUGUCUCCAGCUCUCGUGAAUAGCCGUUCCCCACUGAGCCUUGGGAAAGCCUGUAGAGGUGGCAGAAAGAUAAAUACUAAUAGACAACUUGCAGUCACGUGAACUCCGGGUCUGGAACAGUAAGCCAAUUCCGUGUUCGAUACUUAAACCCCUACUUUCGAACGAGGCUAAGGGCAAACCUUUUCUUGUGAUAAUGAAUUUCAUUUGCCUGAGAAUUAAAAAAAAAUCAUUUACAUGUCGAUGAUGACUUCGCCCGUCGCCUCGCUUUGAAACAGAGGCUUGGGACGACUCAGAAAGGGCCUAUUCCUGAUUUCUAUAGACAUUUCAUUAUAAUUAAAAUUGCUGGAAACCCUGUUUCACAGCUGCACAAUUCCUUACAUGCAUUUACUCGUCAUCUCUUUGUAUUUCAGUCUUUCCGUCAAUCCAAUCCGAGUUGCCAUCAGUUAUUCGACCCCUUGUGGGCUCAAAUGUCACAAUAGACUGUCGAGCUUCAACUGGUGACGUCAUGUGGUAUCACAAUGCAGUCAGCGUUUUGUCCUUGUCAAGACCAACGCUAUCUGUUGUUGCUAAUGGGAGCCUCUUGCUGCAGAACGUUUCACAGAUCGAUGAUGGUUUCUAUCAAGCGUUUGUCAGGACGUCAGUGCACGAGAUCGGCUCACAACUUGUUACCCUUCAUGUAAAAGGUCGGUAUGUAGGACUCUCUCCUGGUGCAUAUUUCCUACACAACACUUGAGUUGCCCACGUCUUGACUGCCCAAAAGGAAACCGGAAAUGGUGUGUUGUUCAAAGCCUAGCUAUCUCAUUGACAAAUAACUCGGCCAUGUGCGUCAAACUUCUCUUUGCCUAAGGUCUCGCGAUCGGAUUGUAAAGAAAAGUUUGAAAUUCAUGAUAAAACGUUAAAUGCGAGGGACUUGAAUUAUUACAAAUUUAGAUUAGAUAGAGAUAUAACUUACCACACUUGUGUUACAGAUAAAAAAUUCCAGCAGCCGACGACUUUGGCUCCUGUGUCAACAGCUUCUACAGGAAGUUCCAUUACAGACAAUUUCGAUGUUUCAAGGUCUCCUCCUGCAUACCAGACCACGAAUGACAAUCACAUGACACAAAUACCACCAAUAACCAACACAUCUCUAAAGUCCCAGUCAACAACCGGAAGUCACGUGUCAGAACAGCCGUCAUCUACAAGGUUGCUGUACCAAAAGCAAACUACUGCAGGCUCACUUCUACACGAUCGAACGGCAAAUACACGUCAUAAUGGUUAGAUCUUUCGUCCUUACUUUAAAAAAAGGUUUUUAAAGGGGCCAAGUUCAUUUUGCGAACAAUGGCAAUUAUAGCAGUACUCGUCCUUAUUCACUGUUGAGGCUUAAGAAAUUACUUGUUAAUGAAAAAAUCACAGCCUCGUGUCAAACAUGUCUCCUAGGCAUUAUGUCGAACGUUUCAAAUAACAAAAAUGAACUUUGAAAAACUGUUAGCUAGCCUAACAAUUUUUUAAAAAUCACAAUAGCAAUACGUUUCAAUCUUCUUCAAGUUUGUUCAUCCGUGUCUUGGUAUUUUGUGUGAUUAUUUAUAUCUUCUUUCAAUGUUUGAGCGGUUAUUUUUGUCUCACCCCGUUUGGUGGCAGUUUCCACUGUUUGAAUUUUGAUAAAUUUCGUGAACUUUUAUCAGUCAUACAUUUCCUUGAUCCCGGGGGGGGUACUCCUGGGAAUUCUUGGUGUGGGUGUGUCGCCCGGUUCUCCAAAUCCUGACCCUAUUUCAGACCAAAAAAUGUCAUCUUCCACACCCGUUUUCAGACCAGACCUCUAAAAUUCAUACCCUUUUUCCGACCUGGGCUUAAGUUACUGAAAUUAGAGCGCAAACAAAAUAAUUCUUCAAAUGCAUUUCGAAUUCGCAUAUUUCUAUUUAGUUCUUAUUCAUCUGAAAUUGAAACGAUAACUACGUUCAUACGCUCCCUUAGUUCUCUCGAAAACCAUACCCGAUCCCAGACCAAAAUGGGCAAAGUGUAUACCUGUUUUCAGACCAAAAAGGCCCAAAAACCAUACCCUUUGGAGCGGCACAUACUUAUAUGGCUUACAUAAGGGGGUACCAUCCCCCCCACCCCCCACCAAGGCGCUUGAUACAGGUUUGCAGAAUUAGUGACCCAUGAGGGUGUAAAGGUCUCCCUCUCACCGCUAACAUUCUAAUUUGAUGGCAUGAAAGAACCUGUAAAAAUGUUUAAGUAAUAUAACUUUCAAUAUUAGCAUUGCUAUUUUUAAACGAGAGCAAACUAAAACGUUUGAUAGUGAGAUUCUCAGUUCCAAUACAAAAAGUUUAUGGAUCAAUUUAGGUUUCCGGGAAACUGCCCACCUACCCCUUCCCUAAGUCAACAUUAACGCGUACUUCCCACUUAGGGCAAAAUGUUGGGUUAGGGGAAGGGUAGGUGGGCAGUUUCCCCAGAAAGCUAAAUUGAUCCAAGUUUAUAUUAGUGUAUAUUAUUUAUUUUGCAGAAUUUUUUAUUCUCUUCAACAUUUUUUCUGACUACUUUUAGGAAAAAUGAUGUUUGUAUAUGGAAGCGUGGCAGGAGGUGUUGCAUUCUUGCUGCUUAUUCUACUUGCUGUGAUCUGCUACAAAAGACAGGCCAGGGAAAGGUAAUUGUUCGCACGCAGCUGUUGCCCAGAGUAAGGGAAUCAAAGACAGUCUUGAAUGCUGGAUUCCGUGCCGUAGAUUACGGAUUCCAGGUACUGGAUUCCGUAUUCUUUGCCAGUGGAACUUGGACCCCGGAUUCCAAUCGUUAGUGGAAUUCCAGAUUCCUUAAGACGUAUUCCAGAUUCCAAAGCGCAGGAUUCCGGAUUCUACAAGCAAGGAUUUCCCUAGCCUGAGAAAACAGCCGACAUUUGUCGACGCUACCACUGGUUUUCCCGCCAAAUGGCGUCUGAGAAACGAGCGCAGAAAUCCCAUACUGAUGCCGCGUCACUACCCAGAUCUGGGUAGUGCUUCUGAUCGGUCGUGCCGCGUGGGAAAUUUGAUUCAACCAAUCAGAAGCACUACCCAGGCGUCAUCAGUAUGGAAUUUCUGCUCUCGUUUCUCAGACGUCAUUUGGCAAGAAAACCAGUGGUAGCGUCGCCAAAUGUCGGCUGUUUUCUCAGGCUAAAAUUUCCCGGAACUCCUGAAUCCGGAUUCCCUUACUUGGAGCGACAGCUGACCCAAUUCUUUCAAGUUUAAAUACUAUGUCAUCCUCCGGGGCCAUUAGCCAUAAGCACAUCUGGAGCAUUGUUGGUGUAUGCCAGUGUGAUGAGACGCUGACAAACAGUGGGCCUUAUUUUUUAAUUGCUUCCAAUGGCUCAUGUUAAAAAACGACAGGGCGUGGAUUCACUCCAUACUGAUUCUUUCACAUUUAAUGUUUAAUUGUGAAUGCUAAACAAAUUUUAUAGAAGUGUGUUUGACCUGCCAUUUUUUAUCAAUGUCAGUCGUGUCAAAUUGCUACGUAGUACAACCUUGUUCCCCAAGUUCUUUCCUACUAGUUCCCCGGAGCACUCCGGGGGAAGAGUAGGAGAGAACUCUGGGAACAAGGUUGAUCGAGGUUUGCUCUAUGGUGUUGAGUGUUCCGCGCAACCUGAAAUUGGCCAGUAGAGAGGAGAAGCCGUUGGGUCACGUCGCCAUGGUAGCAAAAGUUCGGGAUCUCUACAAACCGUGGUUCUGCAAAUGUGGCAGAAAUAAACGAAAAGAAUGACAUGUUCGACUUGGAACAAACACACCGGUCGCCCAUACUAUUCUCCCAUCGCUCGACAAUGCAAAUAGCCGACUCUGUCAAGAAAAAUUAUUGAGAUCCAGAGAUUUUGUUACCAGGGUAACGUGACGUCAAACUUCCCCUCUCAAAAGAGCCACAUUAAAGAAUCGAUGAUGCACGUUGAUAAGAUCUAAACCAAUAGUUUGAUAAGUAUAGUUUCAAUGAUUACAUUGCAGCUAUUUAUUUCCACAGACUGAGACAGGGAAGCGUAAGACUGAAAAGCGACCCUGAUAUUGAUUCUGAAGAGUUUGAAAUGAGACCAAUUGAACCCAGGUGCUUAAACAGUUUAUGAUUAAAGUAAAUAAAUUUUAAUUUCUUUCUUUGGCCGGGAAAUGAUAUUUGGUCCUUGUUUUGUUCAGUAUGAAGGAGUACUUUUAUUACAGAAAUGGUUUAACAUCGCCCCAUGUACGUAAAUCACCGAAUCCGGAAGCCGGAAAAAUUUUGUAUGUGGAAUCCUGAAUCCUGGGCUUGGAAUCCGGAAUACAACUCAAGGACUGUAGAAGUCCUACUAAAGAUUGGAAUCCGGAAUCCAAGUUCCAGUGACAAAGACUGGAAUCCGGAAUACACGGCAUGGGAUUCAGAAUCCAAGACUGUCCUGGAUUCACUUACAUGGGGCAAUUAAGAACUUUAACUAACAUCCUGCUUUACGUUAACUUUCUUGUAGAACCACGUCUCCUCCAAGACCAAUCGCAGGUAAAUAGACCUGAAAUGAACACUAUCUUAAGCUCAAGUUCCUUUUCUUUUAAUUUAUAUUAAAUUACCUGGCUCUGGCUCCUUGGUUUUUAUUUAUGACGUCGUUCGAAGUAUUUACAUUAACUCCGCUUCUGUUUAGGGCGAAGGUUUAGAAAUUCUGAAUCAACCCAAGACUUGCUACGACGAGGCAAAUCACUUGAGCGCCGAGUGUCCCUUGACUCCAAUGAGAACCAGUUCAUUGUGUCAUUUGGAGUUGAGGACCAUAUGUCUGCCCAUGUGAACCCAGUGCUGACCAUUGGUGAGUACGGACGUCCCUCAUGCUUGAUAGCCUGUGGCGUUGGAAAGAGAGAAACGAGAGAAACCAAAUGGGCGCGCGAGAACGCACAUUUUAAACGCCUUCUACCAAGGCUGCAUUCCUGAUUCAUUCGUAUAUCUAGAGCUUUUCUUUCUCCUUUGGCGUUUUGAAAAAUGCAAUUGAGAAAGCGUUGAGUUAUGAAGUUUUAGGUUUUGCCUGUGUAUUUGCUACAAGACAUCAAAAUUUUCCUAAAGUAGCAGUUAAGGAGCACAAGAAAUAUCUAACGCCUAUUCUUGAAAGGCCAAACUUAUUGUUUGGCAUUGUAUCCUUAAAUCUAUGUUGCUCCCUUACGGUGAUUUGCGUUCGUUUUGAUCGCGCACGGUUGCUAAAAGCAAUUGUUGCUUUGUUGAACUGUUUUGGAGCAGGCACACACAUACGUGUUUUUAUCAUGCGCUGAGUUUUUAAUUGCAAACUUGAUUCCUCGGUUGUCUAGAGCCUUUUAUUUAGCCUGCAUAGCAAGGGCGGGGCUCUCGAGCUGACUCGCCUCGUAUUUCUUGCCGCUCCAUCUACAAAACGCUGGCCAAUAAAACACUCUUGUGCGUCAAGUCACUCCAUCUGCGCAGACCCUUUUUUUAUUCUAAAAGCACUGAAAACUCCUUAAAGCUCGCUCUGAUCGUCAAUUAUGUAUGAAAUAUAGAACAUUUCCUUUGAUACCAUGUUCUACGAUCAUUUUGAUUGGUCAUUACUACGUAAGUGAGUAAGGUUUGUUUAUGUUUAUUUCAGAACUUGAAUCGAUUCCUCCGCCCCUUCAGCACACAGAUAUUGUCCUUUGCGACGAUUCGUGGCAAAGAUCAGAGCCAGAACAAGCACUAGUAUUUAACGAACAAGACUUAGAUGACUUAAAUGACAGCGGCAUAGAAGAAGAGGCUUGCUAUAGCCCAAGAAAAUUUGCGAAUGAAAAUACGCAAAGCGGACUUAAACCCGUCCCUCUCUACGCAGUCGUUAAUAAAUCGUCUGUAGACAGAAGCAAUGCUAACGUUACCACUGAGGGCCAGGCAACCGAGCCGUUCUAUCGUAUUUUGGAAGGACCUGGGAAUGAUUCAGAAGCAUCGGAGGAGAAUUGGGAUGAGCGAAUCAAAACAGCAAGUUUUUAUCAGUCUCUGAUGCAGUGUAAGCAGGAUAUUCCUGAAGAGAAAAAUGGGACAUCCAAUCAAGAAAAUGUGCAUGGUUUCACAGAAGGUCAUGCCAUGUCCAGGAAUUCAAUUUAUCAGUCCCUUUCUCCGCCCAAGCGUGACGACGUGUCAAAUGAGAACCUCGACUUGACUGAAGAUGAAUCAAACCGAGUAAAGAAUGUUCAAAAGGAGUCUACAGGAUUUUAUCAACCUCUAUUAAAUAGAAGUGAAGGUCGAUCCCGUUUACAUCUACACAGUGAUAGGCCCCGGUCAGUUUCAGGUGUAUAUCAGCCACUUAGAAGUGAUUCUGAUAAUAUUGAACCCCUCGUCAGGUGUUUCUCUGCCCCUGCACAGGAAAACCCAGGAGAUGUUCAUCCCAUGCGCCCUAGAUCUGGGAACGAGAAAGGUUUGUCAGAACCCAUCUAUCACACAGUAGACGAUGAUGAUGACUCUGACCGUUGUCCACUGAAUCUAGAUGACCCAGGAAGUUCUUUCCCUUCUUCCGGGAGACGCACAUCACGGGGAAGCCUUACAGCCCAGCAGAGAACAAUCCACGAGCCAUUAUACAUUGCAGUUCAAGUGACGCCCACACGAUCAAGAAGAACAUUCAACGGUAAGCAGGAGCCAAGGUAUAGUCCAUCACCUGUCCGCAAAAACGCCGCGACUCUUAAGCCAACUUCCAGAGGCCACCGGAGGAAUUUAAGUGAUGUUGGUCGGGCUUUCCCGAUAACGGUCGGCAGUAUGGGUGCUGACGGCAGAAGUCCGCCUGCUGUACAUGAAAGAUGCCCAACCAAUCCGUUGCCACUGCGUCUCGGGCACCGUCGCAAUAGGAGUGAUGCAGGGCUCUGUCCAAUUGAUCUGAGUCAAAAGAAUGCGCCAGAGCGGCCGACCUCAAGCGAAAGUAGUCUGUCAGCAACUACAAUCCCUCAGGAAUCAGGGGAUACAAGCUCAUCUGUUGGAAGACGAAGUGUAAGCCCAUUGCCUCGCCAUCCCGGGCACCGUCGGAUCAGGAGCGAUGCCGGGUUCUGUCCCGUUAAUUACAGCCAAGGAAAUGUUUCGCGUCGCGGUGAGACAUCUGCAAACGAAACUAAAGGCACUGGUGCUAUUACUAAUCCACGAGCUGAGGGUACAAGCCCACCGGUCAAAAGACCUAGAGAAAGCCAGUUAGUUCGCCACAUUGGACAGCACAGAAAUAGAAGCGAUAUCGGGAUCGGUACAGUGGAGCCAGGUCAAGGGAAUGCAUCGCGGCGAAUGACUUCGAUAAGCGAUAGCGGGCUUCCACAAACACCAAGUCUUGGGUCCCCUGAAACUGGCGAAUUUUCCAGAUCUGCUACUGACGCAACACACUGUAGAGUUUAUAUCGGUCCAUAA